UGCACUAUCAUCUAGGAGGGUCUGAAGAUGAUCAGCAGUGCUGAAAGUACUGACCACGAAUGAUACCGCUCAGUCCAACCAAUUUUCACGUUCAGGAGUGUUGGAGAUAUUAAAGCGCAGCAAUACCCCGUUUUCCCUCCAGGACUGUCCAAAAAUGAUGGAGAGGACCGCACUACUGGCUUUGUGCUGUCUGCUGAUGCCUAUAUCUUGUUCUCCUCGGUAUCCAUCACUGAAGUUUGGACACAGAGCUACAUCCAUCUUAAUGAGCUCGACGUUGGAAGACCCUUUGCAGCUGCCAAAAACUGAUUAUAGCUCGUCACAGACACAGGAAGCCGUGUUUAGAACUGGAAGACACGCAGAUGCCAUCUUCACAAAUAGCUACAGGAAGGUGUUGGGUCAGAUCUCAGCCAGAAAGUUUCUUCAGUCAGUCAUGGGGAAGAGACUAGGCAGGGGGGACACUGAACAUUUUGAGAAACGCCAGUCAGGCAUUUAUGAGGAUACCUUCAAACAGGACCUUACAGCCAUCCAAAAAGAGGAGAGAUAUCGGGGCCAGCAACAGGACAUUCAGAGGCUCAGGAAUUUUCAGUUUCCACUAUGACGAAGUUCUCGGGAGAAGAUCGUCACAACCACUGCUGCGGAUCUAGAGCCUCUUCACAAGGACAUCUUUUCCUCAGCUCUAAACACGGGAGAUCAACUGGUCAUCUCUUCUUCUCUACCCUGGAUUGAACCGUCUUAAGCGCAUACA